ACGGUUUCACCGGGACUCGAUUUAUACAUAUAUCAGCGAUAUGCUGUUAUCAAUCAACCCCUUUAAGCCCCUCAGUAUCUACACAGAGGAGCUGAGACAGCAGUACCAAGGCAAAGAGAGGCACAAUAAUCCACCUCAUAUUUAUGCCAUUGCGGAUGCUGCAUUUUGCCAAUCUCAAAACACCACACAAGAGCAAUGCAUCAUUAUAAGUGGGCAGAGUGGAUCUGGGAAAACCGAAGCAGCAAAACUUAUCGUUCACUACCUGAGCUCUGUAUAUCAGGGUAGAAAUGACAAUCUGCGACAGCCAAUGGAGGUUUUGCCCAUUUUAGAAAGCUUUGGUAAUGCCAAGACAAUCCUCAACAACAAUUCUAGUCGUUUUGGCAAAUACCUGCAUGUACACAUAAGGAGUGGUGUUGUUGUUGGGACUUCGAUGUCAAAAUAUCUCCUAGAGAAAUCACGAAUUGUGUUCCAGGCCAAAGAGGAAAGGAACUAUCAUGUGUUUUAUGAGUUGUUGGCUGGGAUGAAUCAAUGGGACAAGCAGGAUUUCUACCUGCAGGGAGCUGAGACUUACUUCUACCUUAACCAGGGUGGAGCCUGUGAGCUGCAAGGGAAGAACGACCAACAGGACUUCCUGCUUCUUGUACAAUGUUUGGGGACCAUUGGGUUACGUGCUGAACAGCUAAGCACAAUUUGGGCCAUACUGUCGUCCAUUUUACAGCUAGGCAACAUCUGCUUCAGCUCAUACGAGAGUGAGUCAUUUGAGGUGGCAAGGAUCUUUAGUGAGGCUGAAGCUCGCAGAGUGGGUAACCUAUUACAGGUGUCCGCUGAAGCCCUGCAGACUGUUAUUACACACAGAGUUACAGAAACCACUUAUGAUAGGAUCUACUGCCCCCUGUCUGUGGAAUGUGCCAUUGAAUCCAGGGAUGCCAUUGCCAAGGCCCUCUACUCUGUGCUCUUUGACUGGCUGCUUGAGCGCAUCAAUGAGUGGUUAAUCCCCACAGAGAUGGACAGCACUGUUGGCAUUGUGGACAUUUAUGGGUUUGAGGACCUCGGUGUGAACAGCUUUGAGCAAUUGUGCAUCAAUUUUGCGAAUGAGCAGAUCCAACAAUUUAUGAACAAAGCUCUAGUGUCACAGGAACAGGAGGAAUACAACUCGGAGCAGAUCCCAUGGUCCCAUCCUGUGACCCUACAGAAUUUCCAUCCAUGUCUGGAGCUCAUUUCCGCUCGUCCGUAUGGCAUCCUCCGCAUCCUGGAUGACCAAACCUGUCUGCCGCAGGCAACAGACCACACCUUUCUGCAGAAAUGUCACUAUCACCAUGGCAACAGUCCCUACUAUGCCAAGCCCAAGAUUCCUUUGCCUGUUUUUACUGUGUAUCACUAUGCAGGAGCUGUUACUUACCAGGUUCACAACUUUCUAAAUAAAAACCAUGACCAGUUUCGUGCAGAGGUAUUAGAGCUCUUUGCACGUAGUAGAUUACAGUUGGUGUCAGGUCUGUUCCGUAAAGUGCAGGAACAUUACAUCCACCAGAAACAGCUGCGUCCCAGAGGGAGAGGAAAUCGGCACCAGGCCUCCACUGUAGCUGCACACUUUCAACAGUCACUCACCGAACUCAUCACACGGCUGGACAGGUGCAAAAAUACGUUUAUCCGAUGUUUUAAGCCAAACUAUGUAAAGCUCCCUGGAAUAUUUGACGUGGAGUACAUCACCACCCAGCUAAAGCAUGGAGGAAUCCUAGAGACAAUACAAAUUAGAAAACAGGGAUUUCCUAUUCGUAUCUCAUUCAAGGAUUUUAUGGACAGAUAUGGUGUGCUGUUAGUACAGCGGGACGUAAACCUCUCUGAUAAAGAACAGGUCGUCUUCUUGCUGGAGACUGUUGGUGCUGAGGACACUCAGUAUCAAUUAGGACUGAGCAAGGUGUUUAUGAAAGAAUUACUGUAUCAGCAAGUGGAGCACAAAUGGAUUAGCACUCAGACCUGGGCAGCCAUCACCAUUCAGAGGAACAUCCGUGGCUUUAUCUGUAGACGCAACUUCCGCUUCUUCAAGCAGAAAGCCAUUAUAAUCCAGUCCCACAUCAGAGGUCACCAGACCAGGAAGUAUUAUAAGAGACUGAAACAAUCCUUUACCCAAUUCUGGGCAGCUAUUAUGAUUACUAGAGAUACGAUCAAGAGGCGAAAGUGGAGGAAUUAUAUAGAGAGAACUGAGAGUAAAGGAGAGUCGAGACGGGAGUCAGAGAAACAUAUCCAACUUUCGUAG